AGUGAUGGAGGAGAGAAGAUGGCGGAAGCGGACUUUAAGGACCACAGUACUGCUAUGGAUAGUGAACCAAACCCUGGAACAUCUUCGGUGUCGACAACAACCAGUAGCACUACCACCACCACCAUCACCACUUCCUCCUCUCGAAUGCAGCAACCACAGAUUUCUGUCUAUAGUGGCUCAGACCGACAUGCUGUACAGGUAAUUCAACAGGCAUUGCAUCGCCCUCCCAGCUCUGCUGCUCAGUAUCUACAGCAAAUGUAUGCCGCCCAGCAGCAGCACUUAAUGCUGCACACAGCAGCUCUCCAGCAGCAGCACUUAAGCAGCUCUCAGCUUCAGAGCCUUGCUGCUGUGCAGGCAAGUUUGUCCAGUGGAAGACCACCUACAUCCCCCACAGGAAGUGUCACGCAACAGUCAAGUAUGUCCCAGACAUCUAUCAACCUCUCUACUUCUCCUACACCUGCACAGUUAAUAAGCCGUUCCCAGGCUUCCAGUUCUACCAGUGGCAGUAUUACCCAACAGACUAUGUUACUAGGGAGUACCUCCCCUACCCUAACGGCAAGCCAAGCUCAAAUGUAUCUCCGAGCUCAAAUGCUGAUUUUCACACCCGCUACCACUGUGGCUGCUGUACAGUCUGACAUUCCUGUUGUCUCGUCGUCAUCGUCAUCUUCCUGUCAGUCUGCAGCUACUCAGGUUCAGAAUUUAACAUUACGCAGCCAGAAGUUGGGUGUAUUAUCUAGCUCACAAAAUGGUCCACCAAAAAGUACUAGUCAAACUCAGUCAUUGACUAUUUGUCAUAACAAAACAACAGUGACCAGUUCUAAGAUCAGCCAACGAGAUCCUUCUCCAGAAAGUAAUAAGAAAGGAGAAAGUCCAAGUCUGGAAUCACGAAGCACAGCUGUCACCCGGACAUCAAGUAUUCACCAGUUAAUAGCACCAGCUUCAUAUCCUCCAGUUCAGCCUCAUCCUCUAAUAAAACAUCAGCAGAUUCCUCUUCAUUCACCACCUCCCAAAGUUUCCCAUCAUCAGCUGAUACUACAACAGCAGCAACAGCAGAUUCAGCCAAUCACACUUCAAAAUCCAACUCAAGACCCACCCCCAUCCCAGCACUGUAUUCCACUCCAAAACCAUGGCCUGCCUCCCGCUCCCAGCAGUGCCCAGUCACAGCAUUGUUCACCAAUUCAGAGUCAUCCCCCUCCUUUAACAAUGUCUCCUAGCCAGUCACAGUCAGCACAGCAGUCUGUAGUGGUGUCUCCUCCACCACCUCAUUCACCAAGUCAGUCUCCUGCUAUAAUUAUUCAUCCACAAGCACUUAUUCAGCCACACCCUCUUGUGUCAUCAGCUCUCCAGCAAGGGUCAAACUUGCAGCAGUCCACUGCUAAUCAGGUGCAACCUCCAGCACAGCUGAAUCUUCCAUCCCAUCUUCCACUUCCAGCUUCCCCUGUUGUACACAUUGGCCCAGUUCAGCAGUCCGCCUUGGUGUCUCCAGGUCAGCAGAUUGUGUCUCCAGCAUCACAUCAGCAAUAUUCAACCCUGCAGUCCUCUCCAAUCCCAAUUGCAACCCCUCCGCAGAUGUCGACAUCUCCUCCAGCUCAGAUUCCACCACUGCCCUUGCAGUCUAUGCAGUCUUUACAAGUGCAGCCUGAAAUUCUAUCCCAGGGCCAGGUUUUGGUGCAGAAUGCUUUGGUGUCAGAAGAGGAGCUUCCAGCUGCAGAAGCUUUGGUCCAGUUGCCAUUUCAGACUCUUCCUCCUCCACAGACUGUUGCGGUAAACCUACAAGUACAACCACCAGCACCUGUUGAUCCACCAGUGGGAAUGCAUUUGAACCAGUGUCAUCUGCACAAAGUUUUUUCUCUUAAGGUUUAUCAAGUAGAGGAUGUAUGUGAAGAAGAAAUGCCAGAAGAGUCAGAAGAAUGUGUCCGGAUGGACAGAACUCCACCACCACCCACAUUGUCUCCAGCAGCUAUAACUGUGGGGAGAGGAGAAGAUCUGACUUCUGAGCAUCCUUUGUUAGAGCAAGUAGAAUUACCUGCUGUGGCAUCAGUCAGUGCUUCAGUAAUUAAAUCUCCAUCAGAUCCUUCACAUGUGUCCGUUCCUCCACCUCCGCUCUUACUUCCAGCUGCUACAACAAGGAGUAAUAGUACAUCUAUGCCCAGUAGCAUACCCAGUGUAGAAAACAAACCUCCACAGGCUAUUGUUAAGCCACAGAUCUUGACCCAUGUUAUUGAAGGCUUUGUGAUUCAGGAGGGAUUGGAGCCUUUUCCUGUGAGUCGUUCAUCUUUGCUGAUUGAACAGCCUGUGAAAAAAAGGCCUAUUUUGGAUAAUCAGGUGAUAGAUUCUGUGUGUGUUCAGCCAGAGCUGCAGAAUAAUGCAAAACAUGCAGAUAAUUCAUCUGACACGGAGAUGGAAGACAUGAUUGCUGAAGAGACAUUAGAAGAAAUGGACAGUGAGUUGCUCAAGUGUGAAUUCUGUGGAAAGAUGGGGUAUGCUAAUGAAUUUCUGCGGUCAAAACGAUUCUGCACUAUGUCAUGUGCCAAAAGGUACAAUGUUAGCUGUUCUAAAAAAUUUGCACUUAGUCGUUGGAAUCGUAAGCCUGAUAAUCAGAGUCUUGGGCAUCGUGGCCGUCGUCCAAGUGGCCCUGAUGGGGCAGCAAGAGAACAUAUCCUUAGGCAGCUUCCAAUUACUUAUCCAUCUGCAGAAGAAGACUUGGCUUCUCAUGAAGAUUCUGUGCCAUCUGCUAUGACAACACGCCUGCGCAGGCAGAGUGAACGGGAAAGAGAGCGUGAGCUUCGGGAUGUGAGAAUGAGGAAAAUGCCUGAGAACAGUGACCUGCUGCCAGUUGCACAAACAGAGCCAUCUAUAUGGACAGUUGAUGACGUGUGGGCCUUCAUCCAUUCUUUGCCUGGCUGCCAGGAUAUUGCAGAUGAGUUCAGAGCACAGGAGAUUGAUGGACAGGCUCUUCUCUUGCUAAAAGAAGACCAUCUUAUGAGUGCAAUGAAUAUCAAGUUAGGCCCAGCCCUAAAGAUCUGUGCACGCAUUAACUCUCUGAAGGAAUCUUAACAGGAUCGUGAGGCUUUGAGAUAACAGCAGUUUUACUCUUAAACAGACUUGUAAGGUAAAGGCUCAAGUUGGCCUAAAAUAUUAUCACUUACUGUGGUGGAUAGCCAAGCACAUUGGGAUCUCUGCAUCAAAGGCUGACAUUUCUUCUACAGAUAUAAUAAUUCAUUAUAUUGAUACAUUUUCAUAAUUAGGUAACAUUGGUGAAUUAAUUUUACAGGUUAUACACAACAUUGAAAGACUUGUUAUAGAGGGCCAUGAUAUUUUUCAAAGUGUUUUACUAGAUAAUUUUUUUAAAGGUGAUGUUUAUCAUUAAUAUAAAAAAUCCUUUUGAAAGUAAUUUAAUGAUUUACAUUUCUCCUCUUUCGAUUUGGUUUUCUUAUACAUUUUUCUACCCUCUAAGUUUUCUAUAGGUUGUCAUGAGAGAUAUAAUUUAGGAGUAAUUUAGGAAUAAUUUUGGAGUCCAGUGACUGGAAUUAUAUGCAACGAGAUAUCAGUGUAUGUUUUAAAAAACAUGUCUUUUAGACAAUUGCUUUGUCUAUAAAAAGGAUUGCAUUCUAGCAUGAAUAAUACUGAUCUGGAAGUUAGAAGAUUUGGUUUCUAUUCCAGAUUUGACCAAGAAUUUGGUGUGACUGAGGAAUUUAGUUUUCCUCUUAGUUUUUGUUCAUGUAGAGCAGUGGUUCUCACCAGAGGUCAGUGUUAUUCCCCGGGGGAUAUCUGACAGUGUCAGCAUAGCUUAGGGGUGGGGGUGGAUUGCUGUUGGUAUCUGGCGCGUGGAGGACAGGGAUGUCGCUAAAUAUCCUACAUCGCACAGGACAGCCCUCUACAGCAAAGGGUUAUCUGGUCCAAAAUGUCAGUAGUGCCGAGGUUGAGAAACCAUAAUGUAGGGGGGAUAAAUGUUGCUCUUUUUCACCCAGAGGGAUGUUUUGAGGAGGGUGGGGGGGAAAGAAAAGGGAAUGUAAUAGGGAAUACAUUGUACAAUGGAAGUAUUUCACAAGCAUUAGUGAAUGUUCUGCUGGAGUAUCUUCCCCAGUUUUAUGCAUUCUAGAAAAAGGAGGAAAAUCCAUUAAGUUGGCCUGUAAAAUGAGGACUAGCAUACCAAUAAUUUGACACUCAGUAUUGAUUUAUAAUAAUUCUCUCUCAUUGCUCCCUGCACUGAUGAAGGCAUAAUACGAUUAUGCCUUAUGAACCAGUGCACAGCCUUUGCUGGCAGGGCGAUACUGUGUAGUGGCUAUGUGGUUGAUCUUUGGAUUUUUCUAGUGUUGAACAAGCUGGACCUAGCUAGAAUGCACAUUCUUUUUUCCUUGACUAAAUCCUUGUAUGCUUCCUGCAAAGCCCUCUUGGAUAAUUGGAUCUAAUUUUGUAUGUCCAUGUUUCAGGGGAAAAAAAAUUUAAAGCAAAACCUUUCAUUGAACAGUUAGUGUUCUGUUGGAAUUAUGGCACUAAAAAUUGUGGGAGCCCUGUGAGCGUUAUAGUCCUGGACAUCAAAAAUGUUUUAAUCUUUUUUUAAUCUUAUCUUUACCAUACAAUGGAAAUGCUUUACUAAUUCAAGGAACAUACACAGAUAUUUGUUAGAAGUUCAGUAAGUGAGGAAGAGUCUGUGGGUUUCAGUCAUUGUCACUGAUCUUUUAAGAAAGAUUGUGUUACACUAGUAGAAGACUAAAGAUGUCAUUAAAGACAUCACAGAUAUUUAUCUUUUGGCUUUGUGUACAUUAGAGAAUGUUGAUUAUUUUUAUACAAAAAUACAGCGGGUAAUUUUUUUAACCUUUAGAUGCCUCUUGUUUGAAUGUAUACUUUGUGGGAUUCUUUUGUGUAGUAAUGUUUAAAAAAAAAAGAUGUUUACUGAUAGUUAUGUGUAGGAUUAGAAUUAUGUAAUAUAGUGUAAGGCUCAUGUUCCAGACCUACAAUAGCUUGUAGUCUAUGUCACAUCUUUCUUUAUAUCACAUUUUUAAUUAUUGGAUUACAGUUUCAAGGAAAGGUAGGUAUUCUGUAGUCAAUUUUCAUUUAUUAGCAGUUAAUCAUUAUGACAGAGUUGUCACAUGCUUUGACUUUUCCCUUCAUCUUGCAGUUUUAGAACACGUGUAUAGGCUAAGCAUUAGUAGGAGAUGGUCCACUGUAUGAGGGCUGAAGGGCACAAAGGAAAAUUCCCCUGGAAUUAAAACUUUGUCACAGAUGAUCCACACACAGUUCAUACAGAAUUGAUUCUUUGGGGAUAGACUCCCCUAGCAAUAAUGAUUACCUCCCAUAACUGCAUCUGUGUCUAGCCUUUAAGGCAUUAACUUGGAACUGUGUUACAGGCUCUCCUGUUUACUCCCUCUUCUGAUAUCAUUCAUUAUGUACUUACUGAAAGCCCGCAAGCAAAAAGCACUGUGUUAGGUAUCCAAGAAAACUUACAAGAGGGCUUUCCAUUGGAGAGCACCUUAUAAUCCUAAAUCUUACAAUAAUCUUAAGAAUAGUCCAGAUCUUCUGCUGUCCGCACUCAAAACAUACCCAGAAAAUACGCUUACUUUUUUCAAGUUAUUUUAUUUAGAAAUGGCUCAUUGGCUUUUAACUAGUAGUUUUCCCAUUGAUGCAGCUGUUUCUUUCUGGAUGAUUUAACCAUCUGAGUUUCAAAAUUUCAGUUAUAUAUAAUGGAUAUAGACAAUAACACUGGGUGUCCACCUCUCUCUUGAGCUUUAAGCACAGUUUUAGUAUGAAAUAGGCAGGGAGAGUGCUGUUAUUUUCACUUUCCUUCAUAUGACUAGUUGUUUUAGGGUUUUGAUUGAAGAGAGGGAAUGACAAGCAGAAAGGGGACAUGGAAAGUUCUUCCUACUUUUUGCUACCUAAGUUUGCAUUUUCUGACUUCUUUAUACUGAUGCACUCUUUUCCUAUUGAGGAAGAAAAUCCCUACAAGUUUGAAAUUUUAUUUGCUUUAAGCCAUGUGUUCCUAAGAAAGUACACAGAGCUGGUUUAUAGAAGUCGUUUCUUACACGAUGUGCAUUUUCAUCAAGCCUGUGUAGGCAUGUGUCUGACACAGCUAUGCAGCUUUGAUAUAAUAGUCUGAGAGUGCUGUCCCACAACCUGUCACUUUUUAAGUGGCUGGUAAUUUUUCCAUGAUGGUACUUUUAAUAUGCUGGGGCAUCCUCUAAACAGAUAUUUUUUAAAGUCCCAGUUUAAGGGCCGUCCCCUUGGAAUAGAGAACGUGGAAUAGAAGGAAAGAAAUGUUAGUGAAGGAGCUUGAGAAUGGUGGAGAAGCAGACAAGAGACCUGGCACUUUGUUAGUUUAUCCCACUUCAGUGUCAGUGCUGAACAAAUUUCUGCACUUUUGAAGUUAACAUUCAUGUUUUACCUAGUUUUAAGUAGAAAUGAUUUUUUUAGGUAGCCGGCUUUAACUUUCGACAUAGCUUAUCUUCCCAUAUCCGGUGUGAUAUUAUAGUCAGACAUUUAUUCAGACACUAGUCUUAGAUUGAAAUCUUGGAUUGAAAUCCUAGUGCCCCAUGUCACUGACGUGUUUAAUUAAAUGUUAUGAAGUCCCAUUAUUUGUAUUUGUAGGGUUUUGGUACCACCAUGGCACAAGUAUGGUAGGGAGGCAAUACAUAGAUUGAGUGUAGUCUUAGGCUGUGUUUACAGUCUGUAAACAUGUAUUUCUUGGAAAGAAUAAACUAUUAUAGGUGUAUGGGAAUGAAGCUAUCCUCAUAGCCAUAUCAAGUAGAAGAAAUCCCUGGCUGGACACACUGUUAAAACAUUUCAGAGAUACCUUUUCAAGCAGAACGGCCUGGUUAUAUUUUGUGGUUUGAAGAUCCUCACCCUUAGUGAAUGGCAGCAACUCAUGCUGCUGCCGGGCAACGGCUUUGAGCAUCAUUGCCUAGUAGGACGAAAGAGACUCGCUCCCCUUUCCCUCCUCAAGCCCCAAGGAAACUGUGUAAAAACUUUCUUCUUAGAGAGACUUUUGCCUGGAAAUCCCUACAGAGGACUUUGUAGUAGGGUUAAUUUUAGGGAGAUAACUGGGGCAGGAAUUGCUAAUACCUGAUAGUCGUGUCUUCGUGAAUCCUCUGGGCAGUGGAAACUGGCCAUUUGUGCAGUGUUUGCUCUGUCCGUUUCCUGUGCAUGACAUGUAACUAUAACUGGGCCUUGGGGAACGUUUUCUAGGGGAAAGGACGGGGAAGUGGAGGAGGAGACAAAUAGGAGGAAAAGCAUUCCAGACCCAAGAGGAUAAUGUGGUUAACAGAGUGAGGUGGUGCAGUAUACAUAUGGCCAUCAGUAGUUCAAGAUAAUGAAUUGUAAUGGCUGGGUCCCAGUUACAGCCAUAAACAGGGUAUAGUUUUUUUUAAUGUCAGGAUUUACCUGUAAUCAAACUCAUUCUUUUACUCUCUUUAUCAAGUGAUUCUGCCCUUAGGAGCAUAUUAGUAGUUCCAAUGAUACACAAAUGGGUGAUUUUUGACUUCUGAAAAAGCUGACACCUAUUACGUUGGAGAAUAUUUGUCAAGAAUGCAAAGGUUAAUUGUUGUAAUUGAGUUAUCAGAAUUAUAUAGAGGAGAGAGUAUCCAAUUUCAGAUACUACAGUUGAAUCAACCUUGUGGAUUGUUACAAAGAAAGGCAUUUUUUAAGACAGUAUUUUGUUAGGUUGUGUCUCAGUCUAAGAAUUGGAUGACUAAGAGCUAUAGGGUUCUGUUUAUUAGCGCGAAUUUCAGUAAACACAAGCCUACCUCUAGUUCUUUGAUGCACAGUAGUGUGGAUCAUAAAAUGAACUGUUUUACCUACACUGAUAAAUAUUGGUAUUUUCUGAAUCUAUUUAGAGCAUUUGAUUUCAUCUUAACAAUUGUGAUUCAAUUAAAUAAGCACAAAUACAGUAUUAGGGAAAGUAAAUAUGCAAUCUUAUUAAAAUUUAAUUUCAACCUAUUAUAAGCUGUACAUCUUUAAAAAAUUCUUUGGGAAGAUAUUCCUCUUUUGUUAGAAGUUCAUAAAAUGUAUCGUUAUAUAGUUUCCCUCAUAGCACUAAUAUAAGCCAUUUCUUCAAUAAAAAAAAUGUUGAAAAUUAUAUUAUCUUCUUUGGGAAAAGUUUCCUAAAUUUUUAAGAAUUUUAAAGUUUUACAUAUUAUUUUUCAGAGCUUAUUUAAUCUAUUUUAAAAUAUUACUAUGAUAGUUUUUUUUGAAAGUUGUAAAGCACUAUAAUACAAAUACAACUUAUACCAUCAUAUUCCAGAGCAAAACAUCCGGCUUUUUCCUGAACUUUCAUUUUAGUACACAUACAUGAAAAGGGAGACCAGCCCUCCUUUUCAGAUCCGAAGCCCAGCUUCUAUAGUGAAAACUUUCUAUAAUGAAAACUCUCCCAUUCUACUCUAACACAUGAACACACUUCUUAAGUGCCAUCUGUGUUUUGGAAGCUUUGGGAAAUAUUUUCCACAGAUGUUUCAUUUUUUUCCCUUUUAUAGCUUGUGAACAUUUACUUAAAGGUGACAAUUUCAACCUCAGACAUUAGAGAAAAGGUACAUUAAAAAAAUAUUUUUUUCUACUGCCUUUGAAAAGUACAGUUGCUCUCAGUGAUACUGGUGGCAUCAGUAUGAAUCCAUAGAAAACCUGUGCAAAGGUCUUAAAAUGUAUUGUUUAAAAGAAGUAAUAAAUAGAUUUUAAUUUGGAAAAAAGAAAUCAAUAUAAAUUUAAAGCACUAUUAUGCUAACAUGGUAUAGUUUUAAAUGUAAAAGUAAUAAAAAUAAGUUCUUUUUAGACCACCUAUUUUAAAUUGACUCCAGUAAUCUUAAAGAUUGAUAGUAGCUGUCAUUUAUUGACUUAAAAGUUAUACUUAAGGGACUAUUAUCAGUGUUAAAUCCUUGAUUUUGUGGAGCUUUAAUUGAUGGAGGUGAAAAAGUUGGUGUUUAUGAGAGUGGUGGGGAAUGGUAGUGAAAUGAACAUCAACCUAUUUUAGAAAAAGAAACUUUUUUUAGUAUUGCCUCAAGCAAACCAGAUUGUCCACUGCUUAAAAUCUUUCAGAAUGCUCAUGUUCAAGCCAUAAUUAAUUAUGUUUUAGGUAGUACUAAAUAAUUACUUAAGUAGUAAAUAAUAGAUGAACAUAAUCAUCAAAUUUAACAUGAUGAAGAUAAAACACUGGCUGGGAGACUAGUGUUUUAUUUCUAGUUGGUGAAUUAGGCAGUUACUUAGCUUUUAACCUGUUUCCUCUUCUGAAUAUACAGUAUGGAGCCUAUACUACUCAAAAUGUUGAUUUUGCUAAAUCAUCUUUAAGCUGUAUAAAACUAUGAUUCUAGGCCACAUAAUGGGGUAUUUUUUAAAGUUGAUCCUACUUAAUUCUCCUAAUUUCCUUUUUUAAUGGUUCAUUUCACACUUAAGAGCUUUUGCUAAAAGCUAAUUGUUGAGCAUCCAUUUUCUGGGUCACCCACAGUCUUUAUUCUCCUAAAGAUUAAGGUCGAAAAUCCACACAGACAGCAAAUGGGGACAUUUUUCUAAAUGCUUCUUGCUAAAUCACUCAACACAUGAACACAUCUGAACACUGUCAUUCAUUUAUCCAUCCAUUUAGCAAACCAUUUGGACAUUUACUAUGCAGUGUGUGGUAUACUUGACUUAGGGAACUAGUAAUAAGUAAACAAAAUCCUCCCUCCACCCCCCCCCCCCCCAUUUUUGAUUGUGGCUUAAACAAACAUGUAUGUAAUUAUUAUUACUUAAUGUACUGAAUGUCAAGUUGGAACAGAGAGAGAAGUUUUAUGUACUGGGUAAAGGGUUAGGCUAGGUGAUAUCUAAGGGGUCUGAGGGACUCACAUCACAAUUCCUGUAACACAUUUUGCAUACUAAUCUGUAUAUCUGAUUAGGUUACAAAAUUAAAGGUACGUAAUAUUAGGAUUUACAUUUUGAAACUGUUGUGACAGCCCAUAUUUCUCAGAAUUGUUUUGACACUUGAAUCUAUUCCAGAGGUGUUGCUAUACAGGGUGUGUGACAAAAUAGUACAAAGAAGCUGGUGCUGACUUACUAUACGUUUUGAACUACAAAAGCUUUACACCCAGUAUUGACAGUGCAGUAACUUUUGAAAACUGAAAGAUCUCAGAGGAGCUCGCUGAACAGGUUUGGUUUUUAUUUUGUUUUUGUCUUUUUAGAAGCAAGAAAGAUUUCAUAAAAGUUUACUAUUAUCACAGACAUCUUCUUUUUAGAAAGCACACAUAUAUUACAUAGUAAAAGGGUUUCCUUUAAAAUGCAGAACUGGUAAACAAAACAGUUCCGUGCUUGGAGCUUGAAUUUACAAGUAUUUGGGGAGUAAACGUAGAAUGGGACAAUUGAUUAAUAAGGUAGAAGGUCCCUUGCCACCCUAGGAUUCUGCGAAUGACGUAAUUUCCUACUGACACAACUUUACAUAUUACUAUCCCUUGAUAUUAACAUUCUCCAUGAAGAUACAGAAUGAAAAUACAGAAUGAAAAUAUAUUAAAAAGAUCUUUUAUGUGUCACAGUCUCAGCUUUUUAAAAGCAGGACAAUAUCCAAAUACGUGUUAGACCAGAAUCUGUAAUAAAGUGUUUGUAAAUAGGAACACUAACAUCCAAGUAACCAGAUAGUCUGGGUUUAAAAAAAUUUUACCAUGGUACCAGUUAAAAGUUUUAAAAUAUUUUAAUUAGUUUUUCAAAUAUUUUUGCUGUUAAAAUAUCUAUUACAUAAAUACUUUUUGUAUGUGUAUUCUAAAUUUUAAAAAGUCAGUGGGAAUGUGCAAAGAUGGUAUCAUUUUGGACAUCUAAUUUCCAAGACAUUUAACUAGAUUCCCAAUCACCUCAUUCAAAAGCUUGGUCUUUUUGUUUUUUCCAUAGGAAAAAAAAGUAAGCUCCAGAAACUAUCCUCAGAAUAAGGGGUGAGCUUGUGGUGAAGGCUGAAGUUGUAGACAGCAGUGUGCAGGAUGGAUACUGACACUGGUGUCAGGCAUUUCAAGCCUCUUUGUUAAAUUAGUGCUUUUUGUCUUGCUCGUUGAAACCAUUUUUUGUUGUUGAUUUAACAAAGGCAAAUUGUGAUAAAGUUAAAAAAAUUUUUUUUUUGAUCCUUAAGCAAGCACAUGGUGACUGAUUUUUUAAUUCCUCCUUUUGCUUCCUCCCACUGUUCUAAUUAAAUAGGACUUUCAUAUUAAAACCUCAAACACUGAUCCACCCAGGAUGAACAAAGCAUCACCAAGGGGAAAGAAAACAUUUUUUAUCUUUACAAAAAACAAAUGUUAAGAUUAUAUAUAGAUGUAUUCUUUAUGUUGGAUAUUGUACUAGAGUCCUCCUUACAGGAAAUGAGAUAGUUUUAGCACUCUUAGCAUUAGCGUUCCUAGAUUGGUGUCUGUAGCUACAGUUUUAACAUGUAUAACCUGACAAUGAAGUUAAUUUUGCAUUAUAAGAGCACACCAUGAUCUAUGUAAAAAGAAUGUCCAUUUGGUGUAUUUUUUUAAAAAAGAGAAAGCACUUUCAUAUUAACAGUAGCAUGUGUAUGAAUUUUAGAUUUUCAUAUUUGUUGUGUCUGUAUUCAGUGAAGUAAAAUUGAACAUUCAAAUGUUUGUUGAUGGCAACAUUAACUGUUAAAUUAAAGCACCUUAUACUCUGCUGCUUAAACUUGCUUGUAAUUGCACCUUUGUUACCUGCACAUUUUCACAUAGAAUAUUGUUGUAACAUUGCUUCAUGUGGGUCUGGAUGGAAGGUUAGUGGGCCUACAGGAUCAUUUAUUUAUAUUGUUUAUAUUACAAUAAUAUAUUGUAGACCAGUUGUGAGUUCAUUUCUUUACAAAUAAAAGCCUCU